ACGCGGAAGCGCUUUCUGUAUACACAAAAACCUUCUGGGGUGCGCCCGGGACAGAGAAAACUCAUUUCUGGUCGUCUUUUAAACUAAAAAUAAAGUCCUCGUCGAGAUAUUUUCCUCGAAAGUAUCCGUCUAGAUCCUUUCUUUCUUAUUUUAUUAUAUUUUUUCCCCCCGUAUUGACAUGGUACUCGAAGAUUUAUUUGCACGUCUUAACGAAGCUGGCUAUAAGAACUGGCUAAAAGCAGGUUACUGCCUCCUGAAAGUUAAAGAUGGAUUGUGCGGAUUUGCAGACAGUGAAAUGCGAUAUUUUCACAACACAGUCAUCCAAAACAACUUCGUCUUACAAAGAAGACAGAGGUGCAGAAGCAGCUGUAGACCGAGGGGAAAUCAGUUUGAGUCUGCUUGUCCUCUCUGUAAUGAGUGGAAGAGGGAAAUAUUGAGACAUCACACAAAACCAUCUGGUGUUAUUAACUGGGGAAACUGCAGGCCCUGGCUGUGGCCUGGUCAACACUGGGAACUGGCGAAGGCUUUCAUGCCACGAGGGCUGGCAGAUUUAUCCAGAGCAGACGAAUGUGAUGCAGCAGCACUGCUUAACCUCCUUCACUUCUGUGACCAUUUCAGCUUCAUCAACCAGAGUCUCAUUACAGAGGUCAUACGCUGUAGGAAUGAAUUAAUGCACUCGUGUGAGAUGCAGGUCUCAAAUGAGUGGAUGGCACGCUUUCAGAAGAGCCUGGAGCAGUUGUUACUAACUCUACGCCACGUCCCUGAAGUGGCUGCAGCAGGUCAACAGAUCCAGGAGCACCAGCACCUCUGUGGUUGGGGGUUCGAUUCCCACCUCUACCUUCUACCCGGAGUUUGCAUGUUCUUCCCAUGCUUCAGGGGUUUCCUCCAGAUGUUGUCUGUUGAUCUGUCAUUGCACAUCCCUGGGGUGGACAGUGUGGAUGGAGCCAAUAUGGACGGAGUAUUGAUUGAAUCUAUCAGCCAGUGCGAGACAGAUUUGCUCAGGGAAUCUCUGAGAGACCUAUUAAACAACAGUGAACUCGAGGGGAAUCACAUAACUCUGGUGAAACUGCAGAACGUCCAUAGAUUCCUGAGCAGCCACAAGGAUCUCGAAGAGCAGUUCAGGACAGAACUUCAGAGCCUUCGGGUCCUGGAGGCACAACAGCUGCAAGGAGUAAAGCCUGACAAUGCAGAAAGAGGACUGUGAUACGGAGAAGACAGAAGGAAAAGGACAGAACCUAUUGCAGGGUUCAAUACAUGUAAAUGGAAAUUCUUAUUGUAUCUUACAGGAAUAUUAGCAGUAAGGUCAUUAAUUCAGGUUUUUCACAAGCUGGUCAUUCCAUGUCAUUUGCAAUGGUAUGCAUUACCACACAUGACUUUAUGGUUUAAGCUAUUAUUCAUAGAUUAUUCACAAUUGCAUAGUAGUAUGCAAUUGUGUGCAAAUCAAAGCCAAUAAAUUGUAAUAAAGUGCUAUACAGGACAUUUGUUAGAACGGAAGGAGUUCAACAGUAUAUGAAUGUUCUCACAUGCCUCAUGUUUACAUAAUCCCUGAUACAAUACAAAAAGAAAAGAAAAUAGGUUGUUGUAACUGCUUUGUAAGACAAUAGAAUACACUAACCUUCGUGUUUCACAAGAAUUCCUCAGUGCUUUGAGAGUUUCAUAAAAUGUUCUUCUUCAGCAAAAUAUCUGUCAGUGACCUGGGCAAAUGUACAGCAGGAUAACACAUAUAAUCACACAACCCCACUACUAUUGUUACAUUUGAAUGAAUUCAUCUUGCAUGAUUUAUAAAAUAAAAGGUCCUCACAGCCUGGGCAAAGCCGUAUUUAACAGUUAGUACCAUGGACGCAGUCCAUAACAUGAAUGAAUGCAAGCCAUUUCCUUUUUAACCAACUUACAGUUAGAAAAUGCACACAUUCAUACAGCCGAAGACACAUUUACUAUCCAUGCUUGCUGAUAUCAUUUCUCUCACUCAACAAUGGCAACUUUGGCAAGGUGAUAUUUACAGUGUUGGAUGCGGGAUAUUUCAGAUUCUAGAGAGCGUUUUAUUGGACGGAAAUUCUGAUGAGAAGCUGAAUUGCAGAAUGAUGUCAUCAAAAUUGUUGAACCCUAUUGGUGGUAGAGAGAGACUGUAACUUAGAAAAAAAUUCAUACAACUUUGAUUUCAUGGGGCCUUUAAAGGGGAAGUUCACCUUAUUUCAUAUUUUAGCAGUUCAAAAUAUUUAUUCAGCGAUUUCUAGUCACCUCAGAGAGUUUUAUGCCACUUGCUUAAAUAAGUUGUUAAAACUAAUUAAAAUAAAGCAGAAACCACGCCUAUCCACAUUUGGCACUAUUACCGUCAAAUGUCUGAAAGCCACGGCUCUAAAUUUAAAGUGUGACUAGACUAACCGGUUUAACUGGAUGAGCGCCUGACUGAACUGUAGUGACAGUUGGGACCUGUCGGCCACCAUACUACAAUAUCAUUAUAAAAACAAGCAGCAUUGAAGAGUGGGAAGUGUGACUAUCUGGCCACCCUAGGUGUUAUUUAUCUCUGUUGGAUAACACGGUGGCUGCGUCCAAAAUCGCAUUUGAUUCAGUACCUAAUGUAUUUAAUUCAGCACCUAAUAUAUUUGAUUCAGCACCUACUGCAUUUGAUUCAGUAGCUAAUGUAUUUGACUCAGCACCUAUUGCAUUUGAUUCAGCACCUACUGCUCGGCCGUUGAUACAGUAGUACUGCUCAGUAUAAGUGGUAAGCAUGAAUACAAUCCGGACAUACUACAUAGCACCACGAAGUAAAAUGGGCGUUUCUGGAGGUGUGGCGAAGACACCCCUUACAAAAAAAAAAUUACAGGUCACCGAACAUGCGCAGAACACUUUUUUUUUCUUUCUUUCUUUUAUUUCUGCGCAGGAAUCAGUGAUCACUACUGUAAGAUGAAGGACAACAGUCCUGUCAGUAACUAUUUUUUCAAUGUUAUUUUUUUUUGUUGUUGUUGUUGUUUUUAAUCCUGUAAAUGCUGAAUGAACUGGUUCUUCAAGCUGUCAACUUUGCUCUUUCUGUGUAAAUAAAGUUGAGUAUGAAAACGUGGGUAA